AUGGCCAGCCAAAUCCAGUCCCCCACCGUGGAUGCAUCAGGAAAGACAAGGCUACGCGAAUCAUUAGAGCGCGCGAAGAGACGUCAAGGGCCCAGUGUUGGCCAAUGGCUAGAGUUUCCAGGUUACUCCCUGGCGAGGACAGUGGCGCCGUUGGGUGAGGAUUGGGUUCUCAUAGACACGGAGCACGGGAACAUCGAUGACAGCCAGAUGUAUCUCCAAGAGCAAGCUGAAGCCAUCGUUCGCGCUUGCAAGUAUCCCUCCUCGCGCUGGCCACAAGGUCUUCGAGGCGCGGGAGCUAUGUUUGCCCCCGCAGCUUUCAACCAAACCGGCCGAGAGUACCUUCUUACCGCCAACGACAACGUUAUGGUUUGCGUACAGAUAGAGAGCCGAAAGGCCGUAGAGAACGUGGAAGAAAUCGCGACUGUUGACGGCAUCGACAUGUUAUUCAUCGGACCCAACGAUCUUGCUUCAUCCAUGGGUUAUGUGGCAUUUGACCAUGCCUCAAUACCAGAAGUUCAGGAGGCGUCAACACGCGUGCUCAAAGCAGGGCUUGAUGCUGGGAAAUAUGUCGGUCAUUUUGCUCUUAGUGCCGAUGCUGCGGCAUUGAAGUACGAGCAAGGGUUUCACUUCGUAAACUGCGGAGCCGAUAUCGUCGCCAUCACAGCUUGGAUGUCAGAGGAAAUGGCCAAGUUGAAGGACUUGGUAGCGGCUAUGGGGAAACAAAGAAGCGAGGUUGAACAAAAGAUCGACGGAAAGCAGGGAAACGACGAUUCAGAGAAUAAGUUACUCUCAAACCAGAGCAAGUUUGGCUACAGUUAA